AUGGCAAAGAAUCCUCCAGAGAACUGUGAGGGCUGUCACAUUCUAAAUGCAGAAGCUCUGAAAUCUAAGAAGAUAUGUAAAUCACUGAAGAUUUGUGGACUAGUGUUUGGUAUCCUGGCCUUAACUCUAAUUGUCCUGUUUUGGGGGAGCAAACACUUCUGGCCCGAGGUAUCCAAGAAAACCUAUGACAUGGAGCACACUUUCUACAGCAAUGGUGAGAAGAAGAAGAUUUAUAUGGAAAUCGAUCCCAUAACCAGAACAGAAAUAUUCAGAAGUGGAAAUGGCACUGAUGAAACAUUGGAAGUCCAUGACUUUAAAAACGGAUACACUGGCAUCUACUUUGUAGGUCUUCAAAAAUGCUUUAUUAAAACUCAAAUCAAAGUGAUUCCUGAAUUUUCUGAACCAGAGGAAGAAAUAGAUGAGAAUGAAGAAAUUACCACAACAUUCUUUGAGCAGUCAGUGAUUUGGGUUCCAGCAGAAAAGCCUAUUGAAAACAGAGACUUCCUGAAAAAUUCUAAAAUUCUGGAGGUUUGCGCUAAUGUGACCAUGUACUGGAUCAAUCCCACUCUAAUAGCAGUUUCAGAAUUACAGGACUUCGAGGAGGAUGGUGAAGAUCUUCACUUUCCUACCAGUGACAAAAAAGGGAUUGAGCAGAAUGAGCAAUGGGUGGUCCCGCAAGUGAAGGUGGAGAAGACCCGCCACGCCAGACAAGCAAGCGAGGAAGACCUUCCUGUAAAUGACUAUACUGAAAAUGGAAUCGAAUUUGACCCCAUGUUGGAUGAGAGAGGUUACUGUUGUAUUUACUGUCGUCGAGGCAACCGCUACUGCCGCCGUGUCUGUGAACCUUUACUAGGCUACUACCCCUACCCCUACUGCUACCAAGGAGGUCGAGUCAUCUGUCGUGUCAUCAUGCCUUGCAACUGGUGGGUGGCCCGCAUGCUUGGGAGAGUCUAA